AAAACUGCAAGGGGGUUCUUGAUAAGGAACGCAGCGGACCCGUUGAUGCUGUUGUUCUAGCUAAGGACACAAUUUGAUAUUUAUUUAUCUUUCAGCCGGUGAUCUAUUCGGUGUAACGAUGGGCUCUUUCGCGCUGCCGAUGAUCUGUUUCACCACGUUAUGGGCGCUCGUUGGUAUUGUAGCACCCUUUUUCGUGCCCAAAGGACCAAACCGAGGGGUUGUCAUCACUAGUUUGAUCUUGACAGCUGUUUGUUGUUGGUUAUUCUGGCUGAUAGCCAUCCUAGCCCAGGCCAACCCUCUGUUUGGACCUCAGCUGAAGAACGAGACUAUCUGGUACCUCCGCUAUUUCUGGGAGUAACACCAGGGUUGGGUUCACUUUGAUGCUCCGUUGACCACAUAUCUUCAUUCCCUUCAUCCAUCCUGGACUGGAUUGUUUUACAACUUGACUCCUGAACCCGUCUAUACCCUCCUCUUUACAUCCCCGGCUACAUUCCUCUAUCCCUCCAUCCCAAUGUCUUUGUUACGUCACUGCAACGUUGUCAGAAUGUUUUGCAUUGCCAUCUGAACCUGCAGCAGUCAAGUCAGAUAGGAGAGAAUCUGCACUGUCCAAUUUACAGUAGCUAGAAUACCAUGCUAUUGUUUGAGGAGAGUGCACUGUUAGGAACUUGAAAAGUUAUGAAUAAACCAAUUAGGCACAUUUGGCCAGUCUUGGUACAAAAUGUUGAACAGAAUGCAAUGGUUCAUUGGAUCAGUCUAAAGCUUUGCACAUACACUGCUGCCAUCUAGUGGCCAAUAUCUAAAUUGUGCCUGGGCUGGAAUGAUACGUUAUGGCCUUUCUCUUGCAUUUCAAAGAU